GAGUUAGGAGUCACCCUGUUUUCAGUACAAUGGGUAUAUAUAUAUUUUUUAACUACCAAAAAUAUAUCAACAGCUGGAGUAACCAAUCAAAAUUUCAAUGUUAUUAACAUAUUCUAUUCGUCCUCCAGAACAAAAAUUUAGUUAAGGCAGUAGCCUAUAUGUAAAAGGCAGUUAAAUGUAAAAUUUUGCAUUAACACUAGUCUUGGUAGGUACAACAUUAAUACAAAAAAUCAUCAAAACCGAGAGGUGAAGGUUCAAACAUUAUGUUUUCUUGAAUUUGAAAUGGAAUGACCCAUUUGGGGUUUUUGUUAAAAUGAAAAAGGUAGCGGUUCUACUGCUAUAGGCCCUACAUCGCAGAUGGGUGGUCUGUCUCACAUUUUAGAAAAUAAUAAAAAAAUAACAGUAGUUAAAACUUAAUUUUAAAGUGAUUUGGAUAUAGCAUAUCUCUACUUGGUUAUACUUUUAUAGGAUUUUUCCUUACAUUUGCCAUAUCUCAGUGAUAUUAAACCAUCAGUAACAUAAGUUUCAAGAUCUGCAAUCUGAUCUCUUCCUCAGGUGAAAAACUGCCCUAACAUAGAACUAGAAUCUAGGUUAAAAUAAACAAAUCAUACUAGAGUGUUGUGACGUAUGCUUAAAUCAGUAACCACAGCCAUGUUAUGUGUCUACUCCAUGCACUUGUUAUACAGUAAUGUUAUUUAUUAUUUUUCAACAUUAAAUUAUUAUUAAAUAUUUUACUUCAUGUUUGUAUAUUUUUAUAAUAUGCUACCUCAAAAGGUAGGCUACUUCAAAAUUUUAAAUCCUCUGUAAAUAAAAAAUCAAGUAUUGUAGUUUCUCAGUAAAAAGUACGAUUAUUAUAAUUAAUAUACCAUAAUCAGUAAUAAUAAAUUUAUAUCUAUUACAAAAUUCAUUCAAUAGGGUAACAGAGUUAAUGUGAAAUAUUCAUGUACAAUUCAUAAUUCUUUCAGAUGGUGAUGUAAAGAAGAUGAGGCAGCUAGUAUCAACACUAGAGAAAUCCAUAGAAAUGCAUUCAAAUCACAUCUUACCACCUUACUUGAGCUGGUUACACAAUGCAGCAGUUGGGUUUUUAUUACGAGGAGAACAGGUAUCUGUACUGUUUAAACCUGAGGAAUUUUAUACAACACUAUUAGAUCGGUGCCGCAAGGCAAAUCAUCGCAUAGCUCUUGCUUCCUUAUAUCUGGGAACUGGACCCCUAGAGGAACAGCUGGUCCGGGCAUUGGAUGGUAGGUUGACCGAGCGUGGUGGGAACCUACAGGUCAGUAUCCUGUUGGACGCCAUGAGGAGUUCUCGCGGGACCACCAACUCCCGGACUAUGUUGUUGCCUCUGCUUCGCAGUCACUAUCCUCAUUGUCAGGUGUCUCUGUUCCACACUCCCAGACUCCGCGGACUCUUAAGGUUCAUCCUACCAGCUCGUUAUAACGAACUGGUAGGCUUGCAACACAUCAAGCUGUACCUGUUUGACAAUGAUGUUAUAAUCAGUGGUGCGAAUCUGAGCCAUGACUAUUUCACCAACCGCCAGGACCGUUAUAUUGUGAUCUCUGAGUGUCCGUCGCUCGCUGACUUCUACUUUGGGCUGGUGGAGCGAUUGAGCGCAGUCUCCAUGAGCCUGGACGAACGCAACACAUUGACUCCGAGCACGCCACACCUCCACCCAUACUUGAGCACACUACAAUCUUAUGAGAGUGAAGCUCGUAACUCCGUCUGGGGUUACUACCUGCAGGCCGCUGACAAGAGUGCACAAACUCAGACACAAGACACAGGAGAUACAUGGGUAUUCCCAUUGCUGGGACUGCCUCCCCUUGCUGUGAAUCAAGACAGUACAGUGACCCGAAGGAUACUGGAGUCUGCAGAAUCAGGAUCCACAAUCCAUCUGGCUACUGGAUACUUCAAUCUCACAGAUGAGUACACGGCCACGAUUCUCGACAACUCUAGAGCUUGCUUCCGUCUGCUCAUGGCUCACCCUACGGCUAAUGGAUUCCUGGCAGCACACGGGCUGGCUGGUGGUAUCCCUGGUGCCUAUACAAGGUUUGCUGCAAUGUUCCUGGAACGAGCUCAGCAAUGUGGCCGUGUUGCCAUGUGGGAGUACCAAAGACCUGGUUGGACCUACCACGCCAAAGGCUUGUGGCUCACUCCACCUGGUUACCAUCGGCCCCACUUCACCCUCAUCGGUUCUUCCAACUUUGGUGCUAGAUCCGUACAACGAGACUUAGAAAACCAAAUGGCAAUCUACACCAACAACGGACACCUACAAGACGUGUUGUUGUCUGAACAAGAACACCUGUACAAGCUGGGUACACCGUUUUCACUCGAGGUGGCUACGUUACCAGAAAGAAAACCAGCACUUUGGGUGCUUGCAUUUAUGUGGUUUUUCAAGUCCUAUUUUUAGUCUAAGCAAUUUUUAUAAGUUUGUAAGUAAUUUGUUCAUAUGAAUAAAAGUAAAAUUUAAAAUGGA